CGCACGCGGGAGCAUGUCGACCUCGACCCGGGACCUUCUCUAGUCUCGGAUUCCACACAAAUACCAAACCUACAACAACUAGCUGUAACGGAACUCGAGUCCAUCCACCUUGUCCUCCGUUUUUCAAUCGCAGAAAUCUCGCAAACACAUAGAUAGUAUCUGCAACCAUGUCCGACUCUCUCGUGCCUCCUGAAGGGUUCCUCGCAUCCGGGCAGCUGACGCCCAACAAGAUUGCAACCCAAUUCGCUGAGCUCGACCUUCCCGAGCCUACCGGAUUCGCCUUCCCGUCUCACAACGCACACCAGACAAGGCAAGAACCUGCUGCUCAGCCCAUUCAGACCUCGGGACAUGCUCGUAGGCAAAGUAACGCUGACGAUGUUAUGAAGGAGCUCGCCAAAAUGAGGCUACCUGACCCAGAGCGGAUCGGACAGUCUGUCGACAACAGGCGUCGAGAAUCAGUCUCCGAGCAGCUGUCUACCAGGCUCGCCAACAUGGACUUCCCAACUCCCGAGAGGAUCCAGCAGGUGGAUGGUAGGCGAGGAGAUGCCUCGGAACAGCUCUCGGCCAAGUGGGCUGGUAUGGACUUUCCCCAGCCGGAACGUAUUUUCGGAGGAGCUGGCGAGGGCAAAGGAGGUGUUGACGCGGCCGACUGGGACAACGUCAAGCUCGAUACCGAGUACGAGAUUCCGGAGGCUGUCAGGAGGGGAAGUGUCGUCGGAAUCACCAGCCCUGUGAUCGAUAGCACCCCUAGCUUCGCUCGAGGCCACCGUAAAGGUCAGCCUAGCUUGAGCAGUGUCAACGAGGAAGGGAAGAGCGGCUCAGCGAUCAAAUCCGAAAUCGCUGCUCCGGCCAAAGCUCCCGCUCCUGUCACGACCGAGGCUCCCGCAAAGCCAUCUGCUCAGCUUGUCACUCCUUGGGACGUCCAGGGAGAGAUCAGCGCUGACGGUAAAGCGCUCGAGAUCAACUAUGAUAAGCUUAUUGAGACCUUCGGUACCCGCCGAAUCACCUCUGAGCUCUUGGAGAGGUUCGAGCGUCUGACCGGACACCGAGCCCAUCGCUUGCUCCGCCGGGAGACCUUUUUCUCCCACCGAGACCUGAACAACAUUCUCGAUCGAUUCGAGCAGGGGAAGCCGUUCUACUUGUACACCGGUCGAGGACCUUCCAGCGGAUCGAUGCACAUGGGGCACCAAAUUCCUUUCUCCUUCACGGCCUGGUUGCAGAAGGUCUUUGACUGUCCAUUGGUUAUCCAGCUGACAGACGAUGAGAAGUUUUUGAUGAAGCCCAAUCUCAAGCUGGACGAAGUUCACAAGUUCGCUUACGAGAAUGCCAAGGAUAUUAUCGCCUGUGGUUUUGACCUCAAGAAAACCUUCAUCUUCUCUGAUCUGGACUACGUUGGCGGCGCUUUCUACCGAAACAUCUUGAAGAUCGCUCGGGCGAUCCCCCACAACCAGAGCAAGGGAACCUUUGGUUUCAACGAUUCGGACAACAUUGGCAAAUACCACUUCGUUGCCGUCCAAGCCGCUCCUUCGUUCUCCAACUCGUUCCCCCAGAUCUUUGGGGAGAAGCACGACAUCCCCUGUUUGAUCCCUUGUGCCAUUGACCAGGACCCAUACUUCCGGUUGACGCGAGACGUUGCCCACAAGCUCAAAUACCCUAAACCAUGCCUCUUGCACUGCAAGUUCUUGCCAGCGCUCCAGGGUGCACAGACCAAGAUGUCCGCCUCGGACCCCAACUCUGCCAUCUACAUGACGGACACCCCCAACCAGAUCAAGAACAAGAUCAACCGACAUGGGUUCUCUGGUGGUGGUGAUACCGAGGAGCUCCAUCGCCAGAACGGUGGAAACCCAGACGUCGAUGUAGCAUUCCAAUACCUGUCCUUUUACGAAGAGGACGACGAGCUCCUGGCGAAGACUGCAGCCGAUUACCGAGCCGGAACCUUGCUGACAGGUCAGCUCAAGGCGAUGUGCAUCAAGAAGUUGCAAGAGGAAGUCAAGAGCUUCCAAGAGCGGCGAUCGGCUGUUACCGAGGAAAUCUUGAUGGCAUUCAUGGACCCCAAGCGUCAGAUCGACCCCACCCCUUCUGUUACUGCCGUCGCGGCUGCCACUUAGAUGAGGUUCCCUUGAAUACAGUCAUCCUGUCUUUUUGUAAUACAAGCGGUAACAUUAUAUAUGAGCGAUUUAUCUCAAUG